CAUACACUUCAAUAUCAGAAUUCAGUGCCCUAGGUACCCACACUCACCCCCGCCGCCUCCUCCAUCGCCAAAAACUCACGUCCACCGCUGUCUUACCGCUGCCGUCGCAUCUACUCCAGUCGCCGUUCCACUGCUCAAGCUCGUCUCCUCCUCCUUCUCAACGCGUCUCGCGUCGCCACUUGUCUCCUCUGUCUCGUUAUUCCGUCGCACGACCCCUGUUCUGUCGUCCCUACUACUCAUGCUCGUCUCCUCCGUCUCGUUCCUCCAUCGCACAGCCCCUGUUCUGCCGCGCUCUAGCCCUCCUCUGCUCUAGUUCGGCCGCGCUCUGUCUCGUGUGUCCGUCGUGCUCCCUCAACCUCACCUCUGUGCUCUAUGCUCUGAAAGAUUUUGCCGCAAAGUCCAGACAGUCUCCACCAUCCACCGCUGAAGCUAUUGAAGCGGCAGCGUCAUUCUUGCCAGACCUGAUAACCGCUUCUCCACCUCGAUUGGCUCAAUCGAGUUUUCUUUUUUGUUGUGUACGAAGAAGCAGCAGUAGCUCAGCCCUUAGGGUUAACACUGACACGUAUUCUGCUGUGGUCGCUGCAAAGAUGGAGCCAGAGGUAGUGGAGGCAGAGCUGGUUUUGCCGAGUUAUCUCAGUUUCAAGAAGGUUCAAAUGUAUGAGAAAUAUCCCAAAGGCCAAUCCAGAGGCAGGCACUGGAAACACCUUAAACAGAUUAUUCAGGCUGAGAAUUACCAAAAUUACCCUCCUGAGGAACCCAAUUAUGUCAAUAUUGAAUCGCCCCCUUCUAUGCAUCCUUGCAAGAAAAUUUGUGAUAUUACUGGCUUUGAGGCACCUUACUAUGAUCCUAGGACCAAUCUCCGGUAUGCUAACACUGAAGUUUUCAAGAUCAUAAGAUCGCUUCCUAAUGAAUAUGUGCAGAGAUACCUAGCUUUAAGGAAUGCCCAAGUGGUUCUUAAGUAGUUCUUUUACUUUUUCAACUUCUGGGAUAUUAAAUAGGUUUACUCGUUGGACAUUAUUAAGUGAUGUCACUCAUCUAUGCAUCAUCAUCGUAUUGAUCUUUUUCUGAUAUUUUGCUAGCAAAUUGCAUAAAAUCUACUUACAUUCAAGCAAUGAUGGUGUAUGUACUAAGUGGAAACACAUCCAAUGUAAUAAAAGUUGGAGUAACUUCAUGUGGCUUGGACAGAUUCUAGUUUGACACAUUGAAUUUCUUCUGUCAGGUUUCAUAAGUUUUUGGCUUUGCAAAA